GUGUUUUUCUUUCCAGUCUUCCCCACCUCACACUCUUUCUCACUCCACUCACCCACUUCCUCAUCCCCAUUAUCGUCUAGAUUCCACUCUUCUUCUUCUUCGUCUUCUUCUUUCUUCUCUCUCUCUCUCUCUCUAUCUCUCUCUCUGUCUCUCAUGCUCUGUUUCUGCUUCUUUCAGAACCAGAGCAACCACAGCAUGGGGCGUGUCACCAUUCCUUGCUUCCUCUUACUUCUCUGCAUCUUCGCAUUUGCUGCAGAUGCGGGUUCGUUCGGAGUAAACUACGGGCGGGUCGCAAACAACCUCCCUUCUGCAGUGAGCGUAGUUCAGCUCCUCAAGUCUCAGGGUCUCGAGAGAGUUAAGCUCUACGACACCGAUCCCUCCGUGCUUAAAGCCCUUGCUGGUUCAGGCAUCAAGGUCGUCGUCGACUUGCCAAACGAAAAGCUCUACAUAGCGGCAAAGAGACCAUCCUUCGCCUACGCAUGGGUUCAAAAGAACGUCGUUGCUUACUACCCAGCUACCCAAAUCCACGCCAUUGCUGUCGGAAACGAGGUUUUUGUUGACCCAGACAACGUGACAGAGUACCUUGUUCCGGCCAUGAAAAAUGUUCAAGCUGCGCUCGUAAAAUUUAAUCUCCACUCCUCCGUUAAGGUGUCCUCUCCCAUAGCCCUCAGUGCUCUCCAGAACUCCUACCCUUCUUCGGCGGGAUCCUUCAAACCGGAGCUAAUCGAGACCGUGAUAAAGCCCAUGCUGGAUUUUCUCCGGCAAACGGGGUCUUACCUUAUGGUGAAUGCUUACCCUUUCUUCGCCUACUCUGCUAAUGCCGACGUUAUCUCUCUGGAUUACGCUCUCUUCAGGGAGAAUCCGGGUGUGGUGGACGCCGGUAAUGGGCUGCGCUACUUCAAUCUCUUUGACGCGCAGGUCGAUGCGGUGUUUGAGGCCAUGUCGGCUUUGAAGUUCGACGAUCUGGGGAUGAUGGUGACGGAGACGGGUUGGCCCUCCAAGGGAGACGAGAACGAGGUUGGGGCGAGCGAGGAGAAUGCAGCUGCCUAUAACGGCAACCUGGUGCGUAAGAUACUCACGGCGGAAGGAACGCCAUUGAGGCCCAAGGCGGACAUCGAGGUCUACCUGUUUGCUCUGUUCAACGAGAACAAGAAGCCCGGUCCGAGCUCCGAGAGGAACUACGGGCUUUUCUACCCAAAUGAGGAGAAGGUGUACGACAUACCCUUCACACUGGAAGGGGUGAAACAGCAUAAGCCAGUCGGCGGCGGAGGGAAGAGCCAGGUGGCCCCCGUGAAGGGUGGGGUAUCGACGAGCUCAUCGGGGCAGACAUGGUGUGUGGCGAACGGGAAAGCAGGGCAGAAGAGGUUGCAGGUGGCGCUGGAUUACGCUUGCGGGGAAGGAGGAGCUGACUGCGCGCAGAUCCAGCCUGGUAGCCCAUGUUACGAUCCGAAUACACUAGAGGCUCACGCAUCCUUCGCAUUCAACAGCUACUACCAGAAGAAAGGGAGAGUAAUGGGGACCUGUGAUUUCCAAGGGUCUGCCUAUGUCGUCACCCAACCUCCCAAAUUUGGCAAAUGCGAGUUCCCUACAGGUUACUAACAAGGAUGGAUCGAAGCUGAUAAGGGAUCAAGGGAGAAGAUGAUGAUGAAGAUGAUCACUUUGUUAUUGUAGAUCAGUUGGGAACUUAAGGAACAAGGGAUGAUGGAGGGAAGGGCUUCCUGUGUAUUUUUUGGCAAAGAGUAGUAGUAGUAGUAGUCGUAGUUAGAGAGAGAGAGAGUUGAUGACAUUUAUUUGACUUCAUUUGUAGUCUUAUAAGUAGUAAUACUCUUUAGUAGUACUAGUAGGAAGGACUAAGGAGUGUAGUAUAGUAUACUAUGUAUUGCCUUUGUUUCGUAUAUGUAAUUAAAGAAAAAGAAUCUAUUUAUUUUUUCGCCUCAGGAUGCGAAAAUCAA